CGAAGAAGUCGCUGCAGAAGGUAGGCGCGGCGGGGGCUCUGAUGGGCAUGUGGCUGCUCUCCUUCCUCCUGGCGCUGCCCAACUUCAUCUGGCGAACUCUGGAGAACCACUACGUGAACCUGCCGGGGAUCGAGACCGUCAGUUUCUGCUUCGAGGACUGGCCCUCCGCCCACGGCCGCGCCUACUACAGCGUGUUCGUGAUCGUGGUGCAGUACUGCUUGCCGAUCCUCACGCUGAGCAUCGCCUACGCCCGGAUCUGCAACAAGCUCAAGUACCGCAUGGCCAACAGCUCCACCCGCUCCUCCUCGCGCUGCCGGAAGAAGGACGGACGCAUGAGGAGGACCAACACCCUCCUGGUCUCCAUCGCCCUCAUCUUCUGCUUCUCGUGGCUGCCCCUCAACCUCUACAACGUCGUCGUCGACCUCCACAACCCCUUCGGCGACGACACGGAGUCCAUGCUGAUCGUGUACUCCGUCUGCCACAUGGCCGGGAUGUCGUCGGCCUGCUCGAACCCCCUGCUCUACGGCUGGCUCAACGACAACUUCCGCAAGGAGUUCCUGGAGAUCUUCGCUCUGCUGUGCCCCUUCUGCCCCUCCAUCGUCAACGCCUCCGCCCGCAUGAACAGCUUCAAGACCAGCCGGAUCGGCAAGGACGGCGGCUCCCUCAGGUCCCUCCCGCCCUCCAGCCAUCCUGUGGUGCUCUACACGAAGGCCGUCGAGGAGCAGACCUGCAACGGCAACAGCGUCGACCUGCAAGAGCAAGAGGUGACAUUCAUCUCGCAGAUCGUCACCACCACCACGCUCUAGAACCUCCGGGCGACAGAUAUCAGAUUUGAUGCCCCGAGUCUUAGCCGCUUUCCUUCUGCGGGUAUGACGUCACGGAAACAGCUGAGCAUCGGAGUGUAAAGAAAAAGAUAUGCUAUUUAUAGAUCGCUACUUACCGGACUUUUUGUAAGAUCUGGCGAAAGUACUUUUGAUAUAUACAGAUUGAAUAUGAG